CAAAAAAAAAAAGAGUUAAAUUCUCGAUCACGAAUUAUUUGUAGCACUGUCAGUGCCACCUGUUGUUUAAUUUAUACAUACUGUCAUCUCCAAGUCAUAGAAAAAUAACACAUGCUCUUACUGAUAUUUAUUUUUUGUUGUGAUAAGAUUCACUUGAUAACACUGUAACUUGAAAUAUUUAUACUGAAAAUUUAACAAGAAAUAUAAAAUGAGUUCUCAUGGAAAAGAUGAAACUCAAAGAUUGAGACAAAAUUUGGAAGAACAAUUGGAAAGAUUGGUACAACAAUUGGAAGAUUUAGAAGAGUGCAGAGAUGAAUUGGAUGCAUCAGAGUAUGAAGAAACAAAAGAAGAUACUAUGGAACAACUUCGUGAAUUUAAUGAAAGUUUACAGAGAAUGAUAAAAGGUGAUAUGACACUUGUUGAUGAACUUGGAUCAAUGCAAUUGGCAACACAAGCAGCAAUAAGUGCUGCAUUUAAAACACCAGCAGUUAUUAGAAUGUUUGGUAAAAGAGAACCAAAGCAAUUACGUGAUAGAUUGGCUGAUAUUGUUAGAGAUACUAAAUUGGGUAAAUUAAGCAAAAAAAUAAGUGAAGAAAAACGAGGAGAAAUAUUAAGUGCCUUGAAACAACUUGGUGAAAAACUUGAUAAAUCAGAAAUUGAAUUAUUAGAUAAACUCUCAAUGGAUAGUUUAGAUACAUCUGGAUUUGUUGAGGUGUCUGAUAGCAUUGAAAAAGGACAAAUGACUCUUGAAAUUGCUAGCAAAGAAGUCAUAGCAAAUCAGCACACUAAAAAAUAUUAAUUAACAUUAUUUUUCUGUUGAAAUUUUAAUAUUAUUGUAGAUUUUCAUACAAGUGUGUUUAUAUAGAUGUUUUUAUAAUAAUUUAUUAUUUAUAUAUUUUUUUUUAAAUAAUAUAUUUGACAUAAAUGGAUAACUGUUUUAUAAACUUACUUUGAGAAUUAAAAAAAAAAAAAAAAAGAUAAGAGAAUCGAGUGUUGUUUAAACUUUCUUAAAUAUAACAUAAUUACUUUUUUUUUUAUCAUUUAAAAAAUAAAAAUUAUUUUCUAAUUAACUACUAUGUAAAUAAAAAAAAAAUAAAAGAGUAUUUGUUUUUCAAUAAUAAAAAAAAAGAUAC